GGGAAACUGACUCCCAAUUCUCCAAUUCCUCGCGCCCAGCUGGUUUUCUGGUUUUCCCCAGGAGGGGCUUCAGCCCCAGUGGGCGGAAAUCUCUGGAGCCCAAAGUAAUUAGCACCUGUCACCAAGGCGCCACUAGCCCCUGCCUGCCUGUGUCUCCCGUACCCUCGAGUCUCCGAGUCUCUGCCGCGUCGCCGCCUGCAGGUAAUUCCAGAAACAUGAGGAUACUUAGUAUCUUUAUAUUCACAGCCUACUAUAAUUUACUUAAUGCAUUUACUAUCACAGUCUCCAAGGACCUAUAUGUUGUAGAAUAUGGCAGUAAUGUGACGAUGGAAUGCAGAUUCCCAGUAGAAAAUCAAUUAGACCUGAUGUCAUUGGUUGUUUACUGGGAAAAGGAAGAGAAGCAGAUUAUUCAGUUUGUAAAUGGGGAAGAGGACCCGAAGGAUCAACACAGUAGCUACAGGCAGAGGGCCUGGCUAUUGAAGGACCAGCUCUUCAAAGGAAAUGUUGCUCUCCACAUCACAGAUGUGAAGUUGCAGGAUGCAGGUGUUUAUUGCUGCAUGAUCAGCUAUGGUGGUGUAGACUACAAGCGAAUUACUUUGAAAGUCAAUGCCCCAUACAACAAAAUCAACCAGAGAAUUUCCAUGGAUCCAGUCACCUCUAAACAUGAACUAACAUGUCAGGCUGAGGGAUACCCCGAGGCUGAAGUCAUCUGGACAAGCAGUGACCACCGAAUCCUGAUUGGUGAGACCAAUAUCACCCAUUCCCAGAGGGAGGAGAAGUUUUUUAAUGUGACCAGCACGCUGAGAAUCAACACUACAGCCAAUGAGAUUUUCUACUGUACUUUUCGGAGAUUAGGUUCCUGGGAAAACAAUACAGCUGAAUUGAUCAUCCCAGAACCACCUGUGGGCCUUUCUGAAGACAAGAGGACUCACUUGGUGAUGCUGGGAUCCUUCUUGCUAUUCCUUUUUGUCACACUCGCAGUCUUCAUCUGCUUAAGAAAAGAUGACACACAGUUUGAGGAGACAUAAUCAUCAUUGAACUUCUGAUCUUCAAGGAGGGAUUCUUAGCUUAGAGUUUGGAAGUUCACAAAUGAGAGGGCCUGUGGGAUCCAGAUGAUGUUGGACUUAAAGGCCAAAGCUCUGAAUGUGGAACCAGGGGAAAACA